AUGAUCAGUAUCAGCUGGAGUCUAUGGGGUGCCGAAAGAUCAUUAGUAGUGAAUGUGACCCAGACCCACUAUCAGGCAGAGCAGAACCACAGCAUCACACUGGAGUGGACCUUCACACCCAAACCUGACGUGUCCAUCACCUCAGUUUACAUCUUCUGUCAGCUGGUGACUGAUCUCAGAGCCUCAGUCCUGUUUCAUCUCCAUGAAGGUGUUGAGGUCUCAGAGUCUCAGGAUCAACAGUUUUCAGGACGAGUCCAGUUUGACAGAGACAAGCUCAGAGAAGGACGGAUCAGACUCCAAGUGUCCAGACUCAGGACUGAUGACUCAGGACGCUAUGACUGUACCAUCAGAACAUCAGAUGGUUGGAACACGGACGUAUGUCGACUCAACGUCACUGAUAUCGGUCCACAGAAAGUCAUUGGACUCAGUCCAGUCCAGUCACUAACGGGAAGUCCUCCUACAGAAGGUGUGGUCAUUGACUGCAGAACUGACCUACAGCGGGACGGUUCUUGGAGGAAGAUGAUCUUCAGGAUCCUGCUGCUCAUCAGCUUCAUCUCAUGCGUCUCUGGAUCAUUAGUAGUGAAUGUGGCCCAGACCCACUAUCAGGCAGAGCAGAACCACAGCAUCACACUGGAGUGGACCUUCACACCCAAACCUGACGUGUCCAUCACCUCAGUUUACAUCAUCUGUCGGCUGGUGACUGAUCUCAGAGCCUCAGUCCUGUUUCAUCUCCAUGAAGGUGUUGAGGUCUCAGAGUCUCAGGAUCAACAGUUUUCAGGACGAGUCCAGUUUGACAGAGACGAGCUCAGAGAAGGACGCCUCAGACUCCAAGUGUCCAGACUCAGGACUGAUGACUCAGGACGCUAUGACUGUAACAUCAGAACAUCAGAUGGUUGGAACAUGGACGUAUGUCGACUCAACGUCACUGCAGCUGUUGAUCAGCACAAAGCUGAGACAACAGUGAGUCCAGAACCAGAGAACCGGGGAAGAACAGGCCUUUAUGCUGCAUUGGUGCUGACAGUAGCAGCAGCUCUGCUGUUUGUCUGUGUUCUACUGUUCCGUUUUUUCGUUGUCCUAUCAGAACUAAACCUCAGGAAGACACAUGCUUUUGUCUUUGAUCAAGAAGUUUCAUACACAUAGAAAACCUGUGUCCUCAGGCCUAAGGCUGAGACGUGUCAUACUUUUACUACAUGUCAGGUUGAAACUCUUCUGUUGAGCCAGAGUUCAAAGACAAACCUGGGUUUGGAUCCACCCUCAGUUCCUGCCACUCAAACUGUCAGGAUCCUGUGCUGUGCCAUCCUGUUUUUUUCACCCUGGACCACACCUUCCCCCUCACUAUGCCACGCCUCAGCUCUGGACCAUUCCCACUCCCUCUCCUUCCCUCUGUAGACACAGUAAUCAGCUCAACUUGUCACACCUGCACUUCCCCUCUGGCUGCCUUCAAAGACCCCUGCAGCCCAGCACUCUGUUCACACUGCUCAUGUCAGGUUGGUCGCCAUGUCUGUGUUCUGUUCCCGCCAAGCCUUGGUUUAUUGUUCAUCUCAUGUUUAGUCUUGUUGCUUCCGGACAUGUAUUAGCUCGUGUUCCAAGCCACGUAUCAUUCUUGCGUUCAUGCCCUGUAUUUAUUAGCCUCACAUUCAUGCCAUGGAUUAGCUGUGUGUUUUUGUGUUCAUGCCAUGUAUUAUUGCCCUGUCCAUGCCAUGGCGCAAAUGUUUUGUUAGUUUGCCAUGCUGUUAGCCCUGUAAGUUACCAUGUUGCUAGCUCGGUACGUAUGCCAUUUGCUGGCCCUGUAAGUUGCCAUGUUAUUAGCUGCUACAGUAUGUAUGCCAUGUUAUCAGCCCUGGAAGUUGCCAUGUUGCUCCCUCGGUCUGUUCAGGCCCAGGUGGUCACGAUUUAGUCACGUAAGGAGUUUUUCCUGAGUUCCACAAGUUAAUUUUUGUUUUGUUGUAUCAUGUUUAGCCUCCUGGUCUAUUUUGUUUAAUUUAAGGAGUGUUUUGUGUUGAGCGUUAAAAUAAACUGGUUAUCAUGAAUUCUUGGUCCUCACGGCUCUCUGACUCGGCCCAGACUGACUAUCAGAGCCUCGAUCCAUUUUGCGUGGCGGAUCAUGACACAAACCUUCCCUGCUGUGUUUCCAUGUUGUCUAGUGUCUGUCAGUUUGAGUUAGUUAGUACAGUAACCUGUUCAGUAAUUUAGCACUAUCAAUUAUUUAUACAUAGUAAAUAAAAUCUUAUUCAUA